AUGGUGGUUGCUGUGUCUGGGUCGACGCUGUCGGCCACGGACCAGUGCCUGUUGCUGCUGGGCCGCCCGGGCCGGUUCCAGUGGCUGGUGCUGUUCCUGCUGGCCGUGCUGCAGAGUCAGUGCGCGCUCAACCUGCUGAGUGCAGCGCAACUGGCGAGACCCGUCAGGCACCGCUGCCGAGCUAGGCCCAAUGCCACCAUCGGCGGCAGCGACCUCUGGCCCGUAGUGCUCGAUGGAGGCGACAGGAUGUACCACCCGUGCCUACUGUACCGGGACCCUACCAACCAACGAGCUGGCACCCAGCCUUGCACCGAUGGCUACGAGUACCUGGCCGGUGACAAGCAGGAAAGCGUCGUCAGCGAGUGGGACCUGGUGUGCGAUCGUUCUUGGCUGGCCGACUUGGUCAGGCUCUACCUGAGGCCGGCAUCUUCUGCCCUGGGAGCUCUGAUCUUCUGCGCGUGCGCCGACCGCGUUGCCUCUGGUCGCAGGACGACCCUGUUCGUGGCGCAGGCGCUGCAAGUGUCGUCGGCCGUGGCCCUGCUCUUCGUUCCUUGCUUCCUCGCCUUCGCGCUCGUCUACGCUCUUCAGGCUGCUUGCUCCAUGGGCAGCCAGCUGGUGUCGUUCGUGCUCAUGCUGGAGCUGCUGCCGACGCCGUUCCACGUGCAGGGCGCGUGCGCGCUCACAGUCGCCUCCACGGUCGGCUACGUCAUGCUGGCCGCGCUCUCUUCGCUCAUCUCCUCCUGGCGAUACGUGCAGCUCGCUCUGGCCGCACCGCAGCUCGUCUCCCUGGCUUUCCUUUGGCUGGUGCCUUACUCGCUACCUCAUCUUCUACUGCGAGGACAGCUGGCGUCGGCCGACGCGACGCUGAGACGCAUGGCGCAGCUUGGGCGCGUGGGCCUGCCACCUGGUUCCGUCAAGCUGCUGCUGCAGUACGCCGUUACGUCACGAUCGCUCCUCGCCGGUGCUUCCGGGGGUUCGGCCCUGAGUCAGCUCUUCCUCUACAAACAGAUCCGGCGGUACCUGCUCACCCACUUGUACCUCUGGGCGGUCGUGUCCUUGUUCCUGGCCAUUCGCGUAUCGGAGAUCGCCACGCUGACCGGAAACCGGAGUGCCGACCUGUUCACGAGAGGAUUCCUCGCCGUCGGUAUACUGCUGCUGGUCUUCGUGCUGGCCGGGCGGCAUCUUACCUAG